CAUUGUUUUUGACGACAUGCGACAUUUGACAAGUUCCGCAAUACACCAUCAAAUUCCUCCGGCAUAUCAACUUUGACAAAGAAAUGUGAUAGUGUACUACCGGCCUGAUUGCUUUUAUUGUGAUGUGAGUCGCAUUAGAAUCCCUAUAUGCACUAGUAUUAAAAGAAAGUUGGAGUACACAAAGCCUUUGGUAGGGGCUAUAGCGCAGUUGUGUGCUGCGGUCAGCGGUUGGCAGUGGUAGUUCGGGCACGACAUUUACCAGUAUCUUAUGAAACAAAAUUUCAAAAUACUUCACACCGAAAACUGCCACAAUAUAGUGUCCGCAUAAUACUUAUUUGUGUUUCUGAGAUAUAAAAUUGCGUACAGACAUUGUGUAAGCGGGUGUAAAGGCAAUUGCCCUAUGGGCACCAAAGUGCAAGUUCGUUCGUUUCCAACGGAAGGAAGAUUAUUAGAAAAAAUGGAAACGGGCUAUCCCCCGGGAAAAUUUAAUGGUCAGAAAAACAACAAAGCAGAAGAACAAUAAUACUGCCUCCGCCAGUGAGUCCGGAGUCCCGAGAAGGGUCAGUGGCUUCUGCAACGGCAUCGGCACCUCGCCUCAGCCUGGCCGACCUCUCGGCCCUCGACUGUCCCAGAGUCCGGCCUCCCGCCAGUAUAAAUGUGCAGUGUUCCAGUGUGAUACUAAUGCCCGAAAGAUGCCGGGUGUCGUGUGGCAUUCUUUUCCCAAAGACGAGUAUUUGAGGUGUGAGUGGAUUGCCAGGUGCAAACGUGCAUGCAGAGUGAACGUGAAAGGUGGGCGAGUCUGCUCGCUUCAUUUUCGGCUGGAGGACUACGUACGAGAUUUGAGAAACGAACUUCCCAGAUUACCCUCGAGAAAGAAAUUAGUACCGACUGCAAUUCCCAGCCUGAACAUUCCGAGUUGGAAUGGAGGUGAAAUUAAGAAGUGCAAGAAUCAGAGAAAGAAAGGAGGACGGAUCAGAAAGAAGCUACGUCAGCGUGAUGACGAUGACAGCAACGUGGACACUGCUGCACACCAAAUACCAGUGAACCAUCAGGAUGUGGUCAUAAAAAACGAAGUUGUUGUGAAGCAAGAAGUUGAGUCUGAUCCUGACGAUGUGUUGGACGCAGACAGAAAACAGGAAUUUGAGUAUGUGACAGUCGAGGAACAAUUAGAAGACCCUGACGAACCCACGCGUUCAGCAACUGAAGAGUCAUGUGAACAAAUGGGUCAUGAUCAGGAACUGCCAGUUAUCAUCAAAGAAGAAAUUGACUGUGACGAUUACAUCGAUCCGUUCGGCAUUUCAGGAGAGUCAUGUGAACAAGUGGGUCAUGAUCAGGAGCUGCCAGUUAUCAUCAAAGAAGAAAUUGACUGUGACGAUUACAUCGAUCCGUUCAGCAUUUCAAAGAGGUGAACUGGCAGUAGGGAUUGAUAGCCUGUCUACCACAAGACGGAUGAACUGAACGAGUUAGAAGAGGCAGGCAACAAACGGUUCUGCAGCUAUACGAAGAAGACGGCUCACCGUGACGUGAAGACAGGUAGCAGUGACAGUCCAGACGACGACACGUACUGUUGCCGAGUGUCUGCACCAGAAUGUCGUGAGUCACAAAAAUAUGAAACUCGGACAUUACACUCUGGAGAUGGAAAGCAUGUUUGUAACAUGUAGGAAGUACAAUUUCAGUUGUCCUGGAUCCUACACUGCUUCGAUCGUAAUGGGGCACGUACAGUGUUACAUGCAUCUGAGGUUACGUGCAGAAUGCCAUUUGUAUUGUGAGAAAUCAAUAUGCAGUUGGCUACAGAAGGCUGCAGUGUCGGAGUCGGGUUGUUGGCGUAGAGUGUGGGACAGCGCCUGCUCGUGCGAGAUGUGUGAGAUGGCAUUUGGAUUGUCUUUAAUUGUGUGACACUCUGUACUAAAUUCAGAGAGCUCUUUUGUAUGUGCUAGAAAAGAAUCCACACACUGUGUGUGACAAGAUUUUUGUUGUGGUAUGUAAUACACAGUACCACUUGCGUCGUAAGAUUUGUUAGAGACCAAUUUCUGCUGUGGAGCUUCCGUUUUUUGAGUUUAAUGUGACAGAAUAAAAGCUGAGGUUAAUGACACUAAUGUACAAAGAAUUAAAUUCUACUACACAAGUGGCAUUGUGAAUUGCAUACCGUUCUCUGACCACUUGGUGUUGCUCUGUGCAACUGUGGCAAAUAUUACCAAACUGUUGCUUGCACCUGGUUGAAUGACUUUACUUAUGUGAAGAGACGGGAUAUUUAUGGUAACUGUAUUGCUGUAUGAGAAGAGUGUAAGCUUCUGAAGACUAUAAGGACUAACUUUAGCUCUGUUAUUGUGUUUCUUAAAUGUGUUAUAUUAUUAAGUAUUUAUUUUUUACUAAUCAAAUGCAGUUUUUGGCAAUUCAGAAUUUAGUUUUGGAAGGAAAUGGAGCAGAUUGUGUGCUUGGUCAAAUUUGCUGGGCUCAAUCCAGUCUUUGUGUUCGCCCUAAAGUUUUUACCUUUGUAGCUCCCUCUAGUACCAUAGAAGGUAUUUGCCAAUGUCUUUACUUAACUUGUUGAAAGACAAAAUUUUACCAAGGUUAGAGCUAAAAUGAAAAUGAUGAGUGUUUGCUUUUAAACGUAAUCCUCAUCAUCUUUGAAUUUUUGAAACCAACAACUUUAUUAUAUACAGGGUGUUUCAAUAAAUGUGUUUGUCUCUGUAAGUUAUGAAGUAAUAGGCGACGGAAAUAUUUAUUGCGGUAGGUCACCAUAAGAAAUGAUACACUGUCAGCGGAGCUAUGAACAUAGUUUAUUGUAUUAUUAUCCAAAGAGUUACAGUAAAAAGAUACAACUUUUUAAAUGGAUGCUGAUGUGCUGCAGAUCAUACACAGCACAGUAUUCAGAAUCUAAGUCCCCGUCUCAGAGCUACCAAACUUUGCAACUGUCCGCUUCCACGGCACGAGACGCUCUCCUCGUCUCGCUCUCUGCACGGUGCUCUUGCGACAAUCUUGCCGUCAAACUCUAAUCGGCCAAUCCUGACGCUGCAAAGGCCUCCCACAUCUCCCUCGCAGAGUGAUACAAUUUCUCCACCUAUCCAAAAAUUUCUCUGUCCAAACAGCGGGCGUCGACCCUCAGCGUUUCCCACACUUUGCUACGAACUGCCCAAUCGGAACUCAGCCCAUUUGCUGCUAAAAGAGUGCGCGACUGGGCGGCGCCAGUGCGUAUGUCGGACGCUCUCUGUCU